AUGGGCUUGGAAUCGCUGAGGGCGCCCUUCGUCUAUUGCUCGGCCGCCACACGUGAGAUUUUACUUCGGCUGGAAAAGUACCAUUACCGCAUCAACUUUGCUCAAGGAAAACUGGAAAGCCGCAAUGUCACCUACGACAGGAGCAUGCGUAGAUUGGCGAAGCCACUGCCUCUCGACACGCCUACUGCUAUCGAGCUCGCCCCCGGUAACAAUAUCCAAGUCACCCUCAUUGACGCCAACCACUGCAUCGGCGCCGUCAUGUUCCUCAUUGAAGGCCAUGGCAAAGCAAUUCUGUACACUGGUGACAUCAGAGCGGAGACCUGGUGGGUGGACUCGCUCGUGAAGAACCCGAUUUUGUUACCAUAUACUCUUGGAUCUCGACGACUGGACUGCAUGUAUUUGGAUACCACGUUUGCAACCAAAUCGCAUCCCUACCGCGAGUUUCAAUCGAAAGCAGAGGGGAUUAAGGAGCUGUUGGAUAAAGUCUCGAAAUACCCCGACGAUACCGUCUUCUACUUUCAUUCGUGGACAUUUGGAUAUGAAAACGUUUGGAUAGCUCUUUCUGGAUUUCUGCGAUCGAGAAUUCACUUGGACAGUUAUCGGACUGGAAUUUACGGCUCAUUGUCCAGUCUCGACAAAAAGUCGCUACGGGAAGUAGGCCUCGACGUUAAAGUCGAGAACAGGUUCCUACGAGAGAGUGGUUUGAACGUCCAAGAAGCGCCUGCGCUGUGCGGUUUUCGGAAUGGCAAUCGAAUGCAGCCUGGUUGCUUGACGUCUCGGCCGGAUGUGCGGAUUCACUCGUGUGAACGUGGUAUGGGCUGUCCUGUCCUGGAUCAUGACAAGAAUGCUCGCGUGGUUCACAUCAUUCCCAUUGUAACGCGAGUCAAAGGUACCAAUGUAGAAAUAGCCGAGCUGGGCGCGGGAGGUGGUAAAGGUGACCUAGAUCAAAAAGAAGAGCUUGAGACAGGGAAUGCAGCCAAUAUCAGUAAGAUCAUCGAGCUUUGCGCCAAGACCAUCAAAGACGAGCAAGUCCUCUCGAAAUUGUCGAUCGUACUACAAGAAGCCCUCAAGGACCGCAAUGGGACGAUUGACCUUGACAUGGAUUUGCAAAAGGAAUGCCCCGAAAAAGAGCCCGAAAUUCGCCUAGAGAACCUCGCCACUGUUCUUUCAACGCAUCUGACAAGACCUCAAGAAGUUGGAAGCCUCUUGAACAGAACGAUACGCUUUCCCUACUCGCGCCACUCCUCCUUUGCCGAACUGUGUGAGCUAGUCGAUGCGUUCAGACCCAAAGAUGUGUUUCCCUGCACCGUGGACGAGAACAGAUGGGAUCCGGAGCUAGGUAUGCGAUCCUUAUUCGGGCCAUUCUGCUCGGGACAUACCUUUCGCCAUGACAACGAGAUGAUGAAGAUAUAUGCAGCCAGAUUGGAACAAGAGAAUUACGAAAGACGCAUGCAAAGUGAGAGUCAAAAUCAGACGCAAAGCAGUAGCGCAGGUACCGGGAGCCCUCGUGCCGUCAAUCCUACAAUUCCAAAUUUAAACGGUGAAGGCGCAGGUGCCGUUUCGGCAGAGCAGGACGUAGACUCUGCGAAUUACUUCACGGCACCGGCAGAUGUUUUAGUGUUGCGCGAAGAAACGACCCCCAAGGCCAGUGCUACGGAGAAAUCCACUUCACCUACGAAGCAGCUAGAGGACGGGCAGAAUACCACCACCAUUACCGACAUUUCUGAGCUUCCAUCAGUUCACAACACCACACCAGCCACUGACACCAAACGCCUAGACAGUGAGACGCCCAGUGCAACUAACGAGCACAAACGCAAGAGACUCAAGAACUGGCGAAUAGCAUAUGAUGCAGCCCUGGGCAUCAACGGCUUGACAUGGGCUGAUUAUGGUGGCCUUGUUUCAGCACGAAUGCCGGACGAGGAAGAAGAAUUAUAA